AUGUUGAUUGCCAUUACUGUUGUAUUUCCGAACGCCAAUGCCUUACCAACUAUCGAUGCUGAAGACAAAAGAGAAUCCAACUUUGCUACAAGAGAUGUGAACUUCCCUUUGCAAGAUGUGAGUCCUUUUUUUUUCUUUACUAUUUCUCUAUUUCUUAGUAAUUUCUUAAAAUUACUUGUCUAUCUAUCUAUCUAUCUAUCUCAUUCUGUUCACAUUUAUCUCAGUCUGUUCAUAUCUAUCUAUCUAUCUAUCUAUCUAUCUCUUGUUCAUAUCUAUCUAGCUAUCUAUUUAUCUUCUCUUGUUCAUAUAUAUAUAUAUAUAUAUAUAUAUAUAUAUAUCUCAUUCUGUUCAUAUCUCAUCCUGUUAAUAUCUAUCUAUCUAUCUAUCUAUCUAUCUUACUCUUGUUCAUAUCUAUCUAGCUAUCUAUUUAUCUUCUCUUGUUCAUAUCUAUCUAUCUAUCUAUCUAUCUAUCUAUCUAUCCUCAUUCUGUUCAUAUCUCAUCCUGUUAAUAUCUAUCUAUCUAUCUAUCUAUCUAUCUAUCUUACUCUUGUUCAUAUCUAUCUAGCUAUCUCUUUAUCUUCUCUUGUUCAUAUCUAUCUAUCUAUCUAUCUAUCUAUCUAUCUAUCUAUCUAUCUCAUCCUGUUAAUAUCUAUCUGUAUCUAUUUAUCUCAUCCUUGUUCAUAUCUAUCUAUCUAUUUAUCUAUCUUAUCUAUCUAUCUAUCUAUCUAUCUAUCUCUAUCUAUCAUCAUUCUGUUCAUAUCUCAUCCUGUUAAUAUCUAUCUAUCUAUUUAUCUAUCUAUCUAUCUAUCUAUAUCUAUCUAUCUAUCUAUCUAUCUAUCUCAUUCAUUAUCUAUCUCUAUCUCUUUAUCUUCUCUUGUUCAUAUCUAUCUCAUAUCUAUCUAUCUAUCUAUCUCAUUCUGUUUCAUAUCUAUCUAUCUAUCUAUUAAUAUCUAUCUAUCUAUCUAUCUAUCUCAUCCUGUUCACUUUUAUCUCAGUCUGUUCCUAUCUAUCUAUCUAUCUAUCUAUCUAUCUAUCUAUCUUACUCUUGUUCAUAUCUAUCUAGCUAUCUAUUUAUCUUCUCUUGUUCAUAUCUAUCUAUCUAUCUAUCUAUCUAUCUAUCUCAUUCUGUUCAUAUCUCAUCCUGUUAAUCUAUCUAUCUAUCUAUCUAUCUAUCUAUCUAUCUCAUCCUGUUCAUAUCUGUAG